UAUGGCUAAUGUUAUUAAUAAUGAGAAAGUAAGCGUUUUUUGCAAUUAUUGCCUAAAGAAGUUUGUUUUUCAAGUUGAAUGCAAACAACACGUAUAUUGCUGCGAGUGUCUUAGUGAAUCGAAUGAUUCGCAGCUGGAAUUAAUGUGCUCUCUUUGCCGACUACAACGUUCUCUUAACGAUAAAGUAAUUGGCAAUAUAAAGGUUGAUCUAUCCAAUUCUUCUACAAAUAAACUGGUAAAUAAUAGAGCUAUAUGUAAAAAUCAUGAAAAUGGAUUGAUAUAUUGCUGUGAAAGUUGCUAUAUGGAAAAUACUGAUCAAUCAACUCCUCAUAGGGAAACUACUGCAAUAGAUGAUGUUUCUAUUGAAAUAAAUAAAAGGAAAAAGAAUAGAGAAUUGAUUGAAAAUCAAUUAAGAAUUGAAAGUGAAUCUUUAAAGAUCACUUUAGCAGAAAUUGAAAUGUCGAAAAGAGAAUUAUUAAGGACAUUUCAAAAGAAAUUUGAAGAUAUAAAAAUUAAUGCAAGAAUGAUCUUUGCUCAAAGGAACACCGAUUUAAAUUUACUUUUAAUUGAUAAAAAGUUUUGUAGAGAUGAAACUGAAUUGAAAAAUCAUCUUUCCAAGCAUUUCAAUAGCAGACCAAAAUUUAAUAUUCUUAGCGAUUUCAACAUAAAUUACCUGUUGGAAAAUGAAAGAGAUACCAUUUUUUUGAAGCAAGAUGGCGACACUGGCGGUAUUUUAUCUCCUAGUUUAAAUGUAAUUGAUAAUAAAACGGUUAAACUCAAUGAUAAAAGAUGCAAUACAUUAAGACUUAUAGACUUGAGCUACAAUUUAUCAAUGGGCAAUAUAGUAGCGAAUUUCUCCAAUGGUAUUCUAAAAUCAUCAAGAACUUUAAGAGAGAUAAAUCUUGAAAGAUGCUGCUUAACUGAAAGUCAAGUUAUGUAUAUUGGAAAGAUACUUGAAAAUCAUUUACUAUUUGAAAAAUCUAAAUUACUUCAAUACGAAAAUGAAAGAGAACAUUCUUAUAUAUAUUCUUUUGAAGAUAUUAAAGAAAUACAAUUUUCCUGUUGUUAUUUAACAAAUGAUCACGUUGAAAAGAUUGGCAAUAUCGUUAUAAUUUGCGAAAAUAUUCAGAAAGUUGACUUAUCUAAAAAUGAGAAAAUGGGUAAUGGAUUAUCGUCCAUUUUACAAGCACUUUUAAAAUCGUCCAAAUCUUUAAAGCAAAUAAAUCUAUCCAUGUGUAGCAUGGCCAAAAGUCAGGGAAGAGAUCUUGGAAAUUUGUUGGAGAAAUGUUCAAAUAUUGAAAAUAUUGAUUUGUCAUGGAAUACCAGUUUGGCGGAGGAAUGGAUAGCCAUUUUUAAAGGAUUAAGAGCAUCUUCUAGUACUUUGAAAGAGGUGAAUCUAUCUUCGUGUUCAUUGGACGAAAAAUACGGUAAAUUUAUUGGAGAAGUGUUGAACGAUUGUAAUAAUAUAGAAGAAAUUAAUUUAUCUUGGAAUAAAGAAAUGAAAAGUCAAUUAUCAUUUAUUCUUAAUUGUCUUUCGAAAUCUUCCAAUACUUUAAAAGUAGUUGAUAUCUCUUGGAAUUAUCUUCUUGAAGAGCAUGGAAACUCGAUAGGAGAGAUAUUUCAACAAUAUUCCAACAUUCAAGUAAUAAAUUUAUCCGGAAAUAAACAGUUGGAAAAUGGUUGGUCAGCCAUUUGUAAUGGAUUAUUAAAAAGUGUAAAUUGUUUAAGAGAUAUUGACAUUUCUAGUUGCGAAUUGGGUGAAAAUUGUGGACGAUCUAUUGGAAAUCUGUUGGAAAAUUGCUCAAAUGUAGAAAUAUUCAAUAUAUCUUGGAAUAAACACUUGGAUAACGAUUUAUUAGCUAUAUGUAAAGGUCUGGUUAACUCUGCCAACACUUUAACCGACAUUGAUUUUCAAUACUGCUAUUUAACUGAAAGUCAAGGAAAUAUUAUUGGAAAUAUGCUCAACAGUUGUACUAAUCUAAAUACAGUUGAUUUUUCCAGUAAUAUACAUGUGGGUAGAGGAUUAUCAAGAAUUUGCGAUGGAUUACUUCAAUCAUCGAAUACUUUAACAAGUAUUUCCCUUAACAUGUGUAAUAUUAAAGAAGAUGUGGCGUAUUCUAUUGCAAAUUUACUUCAGAAAUGUUCGAAAAUUGAGAUUUUAGCUUUAUCUCGUAAUUAUAAAAUGGGUAAUGGCUUUUUAAGCAUUUGCGAUAGUCUUCUUAAAUCUACUGAAUCUUUGAAGGAAAUUCAUUUUAGUUGGUGUUUUUUAACUGAAAAACAAGCAAAUACACUUGGAAAAACUUUAGAAUAUUUUCAAAAUAUAUCCAAAGUCAACCUUUCCGGAAAUAAGAAACUAUUAGAUGAGUUACAAACAAUAUUUAAUGGUUUGAGCAAAUGUUAUGAAACUCUACAGGAGAUUAAUUUAUCAAAAUGCAACUUGGAUGAACAGCAAUGCGUGUAUUUGGGUGAUAUGAUUGCAAAAUGUUCGAAUAUACAUAAAAUGAAUUUAUCCGAAAAUAUGUCAAUGGGAAAUGGAUUGUCGAACAUUUGUAAAUCAUUUUCUAAAUCCUCGCAAACAUUCAAAGAAAUUCUAUUAUCGUCUUGCAAACUAACAGAAGACGACGGUAAAAGUGUUGGCCAAUUGAUAACGACUUGUCCAAAAUUGGAAAAAAUAGAUUUAUCUAAUAAUCCCGCAAUGGGAGAAGGAUUAUCUACAAUUUGUAAAGAUUAUAUAAAGUCAACUACGACUUUGUCGGAUGGUAAUGAAAAUAGAAAUGCCAAUUUAACAUAUCUAACGUGGCAAUGA